AUGCGUGUGGGCAACAACGCAAGUCCAUUGUCCCGCUCUAUUGGUGGACACAACCCUGGCCACUUACAGCAAGUGACUGAUUUCACGGACCUGAAUAACCCGCAAGCCAACAAGGAGUUUGGCUUUGAAAAAACAAACCGGGUCAAGGGUAAUUCUAGCCUUGAGCGCCUGGCGGUACUCAAUGCAAUCGGCCAACGCGACGGUAUCGUUAAGAAGAUUGUAUGCUUCGGCUUGGGAUCGAUGCGCCACCCGGCUUAUAACGAUGACGAUGGGAUGUUUCUAACAUUGCGUGCCAACGAGUCCAAUAUCGACGUUAGAUUCGUCGUUUCGGCAGGCGGACUGCUCGAAAUUGAUGAGAACACAUUUGUCUUCGCACCCGGAAGACCCACCUUUGCGAGUAAACAGCUGGUUGCCGACCUCACACAUGAACACGGAGGUCCGGUUGCAAUAUUCUUCGAAGAAGGUUUUCAGUGGAGCUCUGCAGGUCCUUGGUAA